UAACAUAACCAAAACAUAUAUAUUGUGAUGGUAUUUUGAAAAUCAUAAUAUUAUUUGUUUACAGUUGUUUUUGAUUAUACACGACUAUGGACAGCUACGGCAGUCGUUUGUUGCCUCCAAGCAAAGAAACCUCAAGACCUGCGUGCAAGAAGUGUGGAUACGCUGGGCAUCUCACCUAUCAGUGUCGCAAUUUCAUAAAAGUAGAUCCCAACAAGGAUGUUGUGCUGGAUGUGAGCAGUACGAGCAGUGAUUCUGAGGACACCAAUUACUUGACACCGCUAACUGAGUUGAGGGAGAAAGAGCUGAAGGAGAAGCUGAAAAAAUCUAAAAAGAAGUCCUCAAAGAAGAAGAAAAAGAAGGAGAAGAAAUCAAAGAAGGCCAAGAAAAGGAAAUGCAGUGAUUCAGAGAGUGAAGAUAGCAGCAGCAGCAGUGAUUCUGAUGAAAAACAUAAAAAGAAGAAACGGAAGAAGAGCAAGAAGAAGAAGAGGAAAUCAUCCAGUAGUGAAUCUAGUUCAGACUCUGACUCUGAUUAAGUGCUUAAUGUUUUCCAUUUACUUAAUUAUAAAUUAUGUAUCAAUAAUACUUUCUUUUUAAUGUUAGUAAGAUCCUAUUUAAGUACAGUAAACGUUAAUAAAAUUUUA